GUUGCUGUUGAUAUCUUUGCCUUCUCUCCUGCUCCGCUGCUGCUGGAGCGUUCGUCAGCUUCUCGUAGGCGGCUCCGAUGCGCAUAAACUGCUUCUCAGCCUCCGGAUUGUCUCGGUUCUUGUCUGGAUGCCACUUGAGCGCCAGUGAGCGGUAUGCGCGCUUGAUCUCGGCCUCAGAGGCCGAACGCUUGACGCCUAACACCUUAUACGGGUCCUCUGCGAGGACAUCGGCACUGGAUACCAGCAGUAGCAGCGCCAGCAACGCGAGGAGCUGGAUGCGCAUAGCUGCUAACAGCAUUGUGAAUAUUUUUGUCCAAUCAUUUCAAUAAGGCUUAGGUCCCAAUCAUAAUGAGUACAAUCCCUAUAAAAUGGAAAACUUCACUAUUGCGCCUUCACUUUUCAGUUUGAACCGCACUCGGUAUGGACGACGAGAGCUUGUCGAGUGUGGACCAGUUUCUGCGGGACAACGGCUUUAAUAUCUCCGACCCAGCGCUGGGACUCGCGUCGCUGAGUGGAGAUGAGCUACUGGACGACGAGCUGCUGAGUGACGCCGACGAGCGAGCGCCGCCCGAGUUUUCUCCGCGCUUUGUGCUGCUAGAUGACGAGGACCUACUACUGGCUCAAGACCGAGAGCGACUCAGCGGAGAUAGGACUAGUGAACGUCCAGAGGACGACACGAAUAUUGUUGCGAGAUCCCGAGUGAGCGUGCAGCAGGAAGAACAGCAGCAGAAUGAUUCACUAGACCGCUCUAUGCUAUUUGGGGGGUCCGAGAUCUCUCUGUCCAGUAAUAAUCCCCCGAUCAGUGAUAUUAGAGACCAAGGCACACUGUCGCCGCCGCCGUCCGUGGCUUCAUCGUCCUCGAUGCUGGAACUGCAGCAUAUUGAGACACCAGGAGCGUCGUCAUUCUCGUCCGUGUACCAGAUGACGCCACAGCAGAAGGAGGAGGUGGACGAAGCUGCCAUGGUGUCCGCAGCGUCAUCAGCGUCGCUUCCUCCAUCACUUCCACCGUCGUUGGUUCAUUCCGGGUCGUCUACUUCGUCUGGAAGAGUGCUGGAUGAUGAGCUUAAUGACGCUUUGGGGGUACCGAGGUCUUCAAUUGGCGAUGGGAGACCAAGCUCGUCGUCGAGAAGGUCGAGAGAGGAGACAGAGCAGAGGAAAAUUACAGAGACUGGCAGUGAGAGUCAUUCGCAACAGUCGAAGACACAGAGGACGUUGUUUGCAGAGGAGGAGGGGGAUGCUGAAAACUCUAGUGAAGAAAGUAGUCGUGAUGAGCGCGUUGCUGGGAGUUCCGAUGAUGUGGCGAGCAUGUGGAGUGAGCCUCGAAGUGCCAGUGAGGACAAUUUGUCGUUUCAUGAAGCUGAAGAGAAGAAAGAGGAGUAUGAUGAUGACAACGGCAGCAACGUUGCAGCCAGCAAUGAACGUGAAGACGUUGUUGAAAUUGACGAAGGCGCUUGGGACGGACUCAACGAUCUGCUCCGGAGAAAUAGCCUUCCAGCUGUGCGUUUUCGCCGUGUUGGGUCCGGAGAGGUGCUGCCAGACAAGGAGUCACUCUUUAACGUUAUUCACGACUUUGGCGUGCAGCUAGACCACAAAAACGAGACGAUUCAAGACCUUGUUCUGGCAUCGAAGCGCAACUCACGAGUGCGAAGUAGACGUGAAGGAGAGCUGCAGAGUAUCGAGAAAAAGAAUGAGGAUACGCAAAAGGCUCUGGAGAAAGCAAAAGCGGAAAUUCAGCGUCUGAAGGCUUUGCAGAAAAAGGAGAGUGAAAGCGCUGAGCUUUUGUCGAAAAAGCUCAAGAACUCGUGUCUUCGUUUGAAACAGCAGCUUAAAGUCAGCGAACACCGCGUCAAGGCCAAGGAGGUUAUAGUCGAGAGGAUGCAGGCCAAACUCCAGCAGCAGGUGGACAAGGAGAACAUGAACAAGACGCGCGAUCGACGCGCCUUCCGUAAUCUACAGGACCGAGACCCGCGUCGUGCAAACCCUCGCGAUAUCCAGGCACUCGAGACCAUCGGCGUGUACGAAGCGCAACGUGAGCAGAUGCAGGAGGAGAUUGAACACUUAAAGUCCCAGGUGGCAGCACUCAACAGCGAGCUUCGAGACAAGGACAACUUCAUUGCAAGGCAGAGCAGUGCCGCCUUGAAAAAUGAACCGCCAGUGUGGGAGCAGUACUCUGACGAGGACAGAGCCUCUGGAUCUCAGUAUCGGACUCGCCAGCGUCCUGGAUCUUCUGUCGCUUCGGAUGAAAUGAUGUUAGAGCAACUGGAAGCUGCGCGUCGAGAGCAAGAAGUGGCUGCGGCUAAGCUGCGACAUCGUGAGGCUGUGAUGAUCAAGAAGGUUGCUAUGAUUGAACAGGAGCUGCUGGGCGCUAGAGAGACCAUUGCUGGGUUGAAGGAGGAGAAUGCAAACCUGACAUUGGAGGCAGAGUCACGUCCUAGUAUCCGUGACUACCGUUUGAGUCAGCGACGUAUUCAUCAAUUGGAGCGACAGGUGGCUGAGAAUAAGCUCGCGUUGGAAGAAGCCAGCGAUCUGAAUGAACUGCGGAAGUACAUGGGGACCAAGGAGCUCGUGGAACGGGAUCGACUCAACCAUCGUCUGCAUCUAAACCGACUGAACACGUUGCCUCGCGAGACCACGCUCGAGGUGGUGAAGCACGUUUGCCGUGUACUCCACCUCACAGACAUCACUCUUAUCGCCCCGAAUCUCGACAAGCUUUGCAGUGUGGUGGCAGCAGUCCCUCGUAUGGAAAAGUUCAUCCGCGACGUGUGUGGGUUCGUUUUCUUGAAUUUAAAUGAGGACACGGAGUCGAAAGAAGCAGCCAGCGCGAGAUUCGAGCUGGAGCAGGUGCUUCCUACGUUGCAGCAGUGGAUGGUCGAACGGAGAAGACUGCAUGCUUUGGAGGGGUUUAAGGCAUCGAUUAUUACUGAGCUGUGCAAGCGGACGGUGGAGCCGAGUAUUCUGGACGAUAAGGAGGAUAACAAUCGUGAUGAACGUCCAGCUAGCCACCCAACGACGUUGUCGCGCGCUGUUCAUAUCGUCUCCGAGCUGGUGGAACUUGAGAAGAGUGUCAUACAUCAUCGUGAAAUUUACACUCAAGCUGCUGCAGAAGUGGAGCGCCGUCCAAAUGUGUUGAUUAACCAGAUUGUGAGGCAUUUUUCACACCUUUUUGAAGUCAAGAGUAUCGAUGGCGUUUUACCGAAGAUUAACGAAAUUUAUUUGCUGGUGAAUGAGAUGAAGAAUUUCCUGCAUGUUAUUCGCGACCUUCUUCACUUGAAAAAGGAUACGUCACUAGUACACUGCUUGAAUGCCAUCAAGGAGCGGCUACAGGACAACGCAGCCGAUUCUACGCGUGUACGUCAGUCAGGCAAACCCGAAGACGCUGAGCAGAAAACUACCUACAGUGGCAACGCCCCAAACUUCGUCGUUGAGAAUCGUCGAUCUCCGUCGAACGCAUAUGCCGAGCCAGAUCUUGUUGGUGUUCGACAAGUGCGUCAAAUGAGCAUUUUGGUUCGAGAGCUCAAGCGUGAACUGGGCGCUGCCACGAUGGACGAAAUCCUGCCGAGAACGAAGCGCUUGAUGGAACUUUUGAGUCUGUCUAUCCACAACUCACACCCAGAAGAUGAUGAAGACUUUGAAUAAGCCACUUGGCUAUUGCGCGCUCUUGAUGUGGAGAGGGCAGCCGGAUGUUUGUUAAAAGGAUGUAUUUAAGGAUCCAAGUGAGCGCCUAGACGAUCGAUCGAUGCCUAGACUACUGAGGCUAUCGCUUCUCCUCAAGAGAGCAAGGUUCCUCUAUUGUAAUACUGCAGAUGUCCAAGCUCUCCUUGAUGAUGGCGAUCGGGAGAGGUGUGGUCGGCUCCAUGACAGUGUAAUUGAACUGCGGAAGCUCGUCUUUAGGCGACUGGCACGAUGCCACAGGGACGAUGGCGCCUUCACUCACCAAGCGAGACGGGUGAAACACACCGCAUAGCGCAACUUGAACGAGACCGAGUGAUGCGUUGACGCUGGAAGGGACGAUCAGGAACAGGUCGAAGACGAGGAAGCCGUACACGACCCACAGCAGAUUGUUGAUGGCUCCGGCGAGGAUCAUGGCAAACGGCAAUGAGGCCGACGACCGAGUUUGCAGCACCACUUUGAUUGCCGCGAGGGGCGACGCAUACAGCGCGAGACUGGAAGCGACAGCGGUGAUGCCGACUGUCAACGUCAUGGUGUGAUGUGACUGCUGGAACGCUCCGCUCAUGCCCAGCACGACGUACAUCGUCACUGCUGCAUUGCAGAGUAGAGCUAUAAAGAAAGUCUUGAGCGCUGCCUUGCGUUCUGUUGUCCAGCGCAUGUACACUGCAAGGAAGACGACACUGAGUGCGUCUCCGAUAGCGUAUGUAGUGAAUACGGGGAACAGGUUUCCCGUAACGUAACCGUAUAGCAUCCUGUAAACAUGGAUCAAUUACAGUUAGGGAUCUCUAUGGGCUUGAUGACUGUAAUUGCAGGAUUUGGACGUA